CAGCCUGGCCCUCACCGUGUGUGGAGAAGCACAGACUUCCUGUUUCCCCCACUGGUAUCUCCCUGCCCUUCUCCCAGUGUCCCAGGAGCCAUCCUUGGCCAGCCCCCCGACCCAGAAGGAGGCAGGAACAGGUAGCAAUCUCAGCAUCCAGGAGAUUCACCAUGACCAGGACCUUGAAAGAGGCUCUUCUACAGCACUUUAUACAGCAGAAGCUGGAGAUUGCUUAUGCCAUAAACAAGCCAUUUCCCUUCUUUGAAGGCCUCCGAGACAACUUCGUCAUCACCGAGAGACUGUACCAGGAAUCUCUGGAAGCCUGUAGAAACCUGGUCCCUUUAUCCAGGGUCGUGUACAACAUCCUCACUCAACUGGAGAAUAGGUUUAGUCUGUCACUUCUGGAGAUGCUGUUCAGCCGAAUAAACCUGAGUGAAUACCCCAACUUGAUGACGACUCUCAAGAGCUUCAAAAGGGUUGUCAUUUCCAGCGGAGGGUGGAGCAGAAUCACACCGAUGCCUCUCGAAGCCGCAGCCAGCCCAGCAGGAAGGAGCUCCCUCGGGGCACUGCUGCCGCUGCCCACCUGCCAACACCCCCCAUCGAGCCGCCAGCCCUGUUCACCCAGUGUCAGCGAGCCCGGAGCACCUGCCCAGCCUAGCGCUGAGAUCCUGCAUGAGCAGCCCAGCCCUGCUGGCCUCACCGUGGCUCUCCCCAGAAUCAUCCAGGAAGGAAGUCUCACUCCGGUGUCCAGUGACAACCUGAUCCCCCAAAUAAAAGAUAAAGAAGACACUCAAGAGAUGUCCUGCACUCCAUCAGGCCCUGUGCCAGUGACAAGAGAUGAUGCUUCUGAACAAAGUGACCCAAAGGAGCUCCAAGAGGCAUCCAGGGCACCUCCCAGCAAGAAAGGAAAGAAGAGAAAAAGAAAUAUCUGGUUAACCCCAAAGAAGAGACACCGGAACAAAAACCUCCGGAGAGGGGCAGCCUUACCUGGGCAUGGAAUCCAAAAGAUGCUCCAAGUGGUGGAGCAGGUGACUCACGGGGAGGAUGACUCAACCAGGAACACAAAGGUCAUGACAAGAGCAAAAAACAGAAGGACAAAAUGUGCCCAAACGCCUGCACCAAAGGAGGUCAGUGAUGACACUUCAGAGAUGGAUGAAGGAAAGAGACCCCAGGAGCCACCCAGCACACCACCAAGACUCACCCACGGUAAAGAAAGGAAGAGAAAAAUACAUAGCUGUUCAAGUUCAAAAAAAAGACAGAAAAAGAGUCUCCCAAGAGGGUCAGCCUUACCUGGACGCAGAACCCAAGAGAUGCUCCAAGUGGUAGAUCAGGUGACUGAAAGGAAGGCCGACUCAACCAGAAGUUCGGAAGUCAUGACACGGGCCCAGAAAGCAAGGGCUAAAUGUGCCCCAAAGCCUGCAGCAAAGGAAAAGAAAAGGAUAAAAGAUGUCUGUUCAAGUGCAACAAAAAGUCGUCAGAGAAAUAUUCCCAUAAAGGAAACACCUGAAGAUGAAACUCUGGAUUUUCACUCUCCUAAACUUCCUGUGACCUGUGGUCAGGCAAAGGGGAUUUUAUACAAGGAGAAAAUGAAACAAGGCUCCUCAGAGAAGUGUAUUCAGAACGAGAAGGGACUUUGGUUCACACCAAGAGAAUUUGAAAUUGAAGGAAAACGGAAACAAUCAAAGAACUGGAAGCGGAGUGUGUUUUGCAGAGGAAAGAGCCUGGAACGGCUGCUGAAGAAAGGACUUUUGCUCUGUCCUUCAAGAAAAAGUCUCAAGAGAGAGCAGGAAGACUCCAGGGAAUGUGAGGUAUGCUGUAGAGGGGGGCUGCUGCUCUGCUGUGACACUUGUCCAAGGGCCUUUCAUGAGGACUGUCACAUCCCACCUGCGCAGGCCGAGAGGAGCCCGUGGAGUUGCACCUUCUGCAGGAUGAAGGAGUCUUCUGGAAGCCAGCAGUGUCUCGGGGAAUCUGGGGUCCUGGCAAGGCAGAUGCAGCCCGAGGAGCAGUUGAAAUGUGAGUUUCUCCUCUUGAAAGCCUACCGUCAUCCACAAAGCUCUUUCUUUACGGAGACCCCAUGUAAUAUUCGAGAUUAUGGUGAGCCCUUUAGGGAAGCCAUGUGGUUGGACCUGGUUAAGGAAAGGCUGGCUGAGAAAGUGUACACAGUGGCCUGGUUUCUACGGGACAUGCGCCUGAUAUUUCGCAACCAUAAAACAUUUUACAAGGACUCCGACUUUGGUCAGGUAGGACUGGAUUUAGAGGCAGAAUUUGAAAAGGACCUCAAAGAAGUGUUUAUUUUUCAUGAAGCCAAUGAGAACGGCCUCCAGGUUCCUCCUUGAUCCUGUUCUGGACGAACUAAGGCAUCCCAACUUCAGGAUCCAGAUGAUGUGGCCCUGGCCAUCCUUAGAUUGCCAACGAGUCUGGAAUGUUAUUGGUUGCUUGUUGAGUCAGAUCCAGACCCUUCAGAGCAUUGUCACACCCUCCACCGCCUUUUAUUGUUUCUUUUUAUAUUUCACACCUCCAAAAAAUUAAAUAUUUGCUUAAUACUAUUAAAUACCCCAUCACAGUUCAUAUUCUCCCCAUUGUCUCAUAAAUCUUUUUACAAUUGUUGUUUGAAUUGGGAUCCAAACAGCUUCCACACACUGAAUUUGGCUAAUCUAUCUCUUAAGGCUCUUUUAAUCUGUAAAUUCCCCACUGCCUUUUUUCCUUUCUGUCUACUCUUUGGAUAACCUGGGGUCUUUGUCC